AUGGCGUCCUCCACUCCCCAAACUCCUGAGCAAGAGCGAGGACCCAUGUACCGCCAGCCAUUCGUGGCUGACAGCACCGACCCCGCCUACUCCCCUCCUCGCACUCCUGAUGCUAAGGCCGCUCAGCCAGCUGGCGGCAAUGCCAUCAUCCCCGAAAUCCAACCCACUUUCACCCCGUCCGACGCCAACAUCCCAGACAACUACGUCUCCCACACCAUCGAGAAGCAAAAGUACUUGCCACCGGUGACGUGGAAGAACCUCAUCUGGAACAUCCAGUGGAUCUCAUUCCUGGCGUUGACCAUCACACCCGCCUUGACGAUCUACGGUGUCGCCACGGUGCCAUGGAACACCAAGACCGCGAUCUGGUCCGUGAUCUACUACUACAUCACUGGUCUGGGUAUCACCGCCGGCUACCACCGUCUCUGGGCGCACCGGUCCUACAACGCCUCCCUCCCCCUUCAGUACGCUCUCUCCCUCGCUGGCGCCGGCGCCGUCCAGGGUUCCAUCAAGUGGUGGUCACGCGGCCACCGCGCUCACCACCGGUACACCGACACCAAGCUCGACCCGUACUCUGCGCACGAGGGUUUCUGGUGGGCUCACGUCGGAUGGAUGAUCGUCAAGCCGCGAGGCAAGAUUGGUGUCGCCGACAUUUCGGACCUCACUCGUAACCGCGUCGUCCGGUGGCAACACAAGAACUACCUUGCCCUGCUCCUGUUCAUGGGUGUCUUCUUCCCCAUGCUCGUUGCUGGUCUUGGUUGGGGAGACUGGAAGGGCGGCUUCUUCUUUGCCGGCGCUGCUAGGUUGCUCUUUGUCCACCACUCCACAUUCUGCGUCAACUCGCUCGCCCACUGGCUCGGAGACAAGCCGUUCGACAACAAGCACACCCCUUGCGACCACUUCUUCACCGCCCUAUGCACCAUCGGUGAGGGCUACCACAACUUCCACCACCAGUUCCCCAUGGACUUCCGGAACGCCAUCAAGUGGUUCCAGUACGACCCCACCAAGUGGUUCAUCUCCACCAUGUCCAUCUUCGGCCUCGCGUCCCACCUCAAGCGGUUCCCGGACAACGAGAUCAAGAAGGGGCAGUACACCAUGAAGCUCCAGCAGCUGCAGGAGCAGGGCGAGUCGCUCAACUGGCCCAAGAGCUCAAACGAGCUCCCGGUCAUCAGCUGGGACGACUUCCAGGCGGAGGCAAAGGAGCGGUCACUCGUCGCCAUCCACGGUUUCAUCCACGACUGCUCGAGCUUCAACGAGGACCACCCCGGUGGUGCCCACCUCAUCAAGCGGUCGAUCGGAACGGACGCCACCACUGCCUUCUUUGGUGGUGUUUACGACCACUCCAAUGCUGCCCACAACCUGCUCGCCAUGAUGCGCGUGGGUAUCUUGGACGGUGGUAUGGAGGUCGAGCACAUGAAGCGGGAGCACGGCGAGGUAGCCUCCGGCGCCUCGACCCCCGCUCUCUCCUCCGCUGGCUCUUCCUCAUCCCUCAACUCCCUCGGAUCGUACGCCUCCUCCCACUCCGCCCGCUCCACCGACGCCGACCGCCUGCGUCAAAUCCAGCUCAACUCCCAGGGUCCCAAGCCCGCCGCUCCCUUCGGUCAGCCACAGGCCGCCGUCGCGGACAAGUGGACACUUUCGGUCCCACCAAGCGAGAAGUUCCGGAUCGUCUCGGCGGUGCCAGAGGUCCGGCCGGGGAUACUCAGUCGGGUCCAGAGUCUUGAUGAUGUGACGCGGGCGGAUCAGAGUGGCGAGGUCGGUGUUUUGAUUGGGGCUCAGGCAUAG